AUGAGGCGGCCUCGGGCAGCACAUUCAGUUGCCUGGGAACAUCACAAACGAGAGAUUCGUCUGCGUUCUAGCACAAGUUCAAUCAGCAAACAACACCUAUCGAUUGGGUCUCCGUUGAUUAGCGCGGUUUUCUGGUUACAAUCGAAUAACCAGGGUUGUCGAAGAAUUUUCAGCAACCUUAUGAGUAGCGUUUGGCGUCUAUACAUGUAUCGUGAUAUCUCGAAUGUCGUACCAGGUGAAAUAUGA